CCAUCUUCAUGGACAUAUUGAUUGUUUUCGUUCACCAUUAGAAUCAAUCAACAUAUCUUCUCAGAGGCCAUAUCGGGGAUCACUUCUCCUGUACAUCAAAAUUCCUGAUCACCGGAGCAAACAUUUCAUCUCCUGUUGCCCCGCCUCUUUCUUCAUUGCCCUCCUGCCUACCUACUUACAAAGUCUACAUUUUGACACUAAAGCCAUUAUGGCCCAAGCGGACUUAUCUCCAUCAGCAUCAACAUCAUCAACACACAGUCUCUGAGUCGCUGGCGACAGACUGUCCGCCCGAGUCCUCUCUUCAGUCGUGGAUCAGGCAGACAAAGCCGUCCAUCGACUGCAGUUUGCCUUGUUUACAAACGGUGGCCUUCUUGACGCCAAGACCUCUCCCUGAUUGUGCCAUCACCUCCCGCUUCACCUUCAGUGCAGCCUCAGCCACACAGCUAUCAUCUCAGUUGCGUAUCCCUGCCGUCCAGAUGAAAUUCACAUAACAUGUCGUCCUCAACAUCCGAUUCUUCAACUCGCAAUCGGAGUGACUCUACUGAGGGGUCCGGGUUGCCCCAGCAUGAGCACAAGCGUCCGAGGCUGAGUGAGAGCAAGCCUGAUGAGACACAGGUCAUGUCAGAUCUUCAGCAAACAGAAAAGUCAUCACUUGCUCCUUCCGCGUCAGUGAUAGAUGAGAACAACCUGGCAGUGGAAGGAAGUCCUCAUCGAACUCCACCACUCCCACCUCGACCAGCAGUCGUUGCUACUGCCAUGUCUCCAACCAGCAGAGUUACUAUCCAAACCCGUCCUCUUUCUUCCCAAUCUGUGACUCAACCGAGUCAGAGCAUCGCAGACGCUACAAAACCCAACGUACCUCCGUCGAAUCAAUCCACCUCACCAGCACAUGGUACUGGCAUGGAUGGUGCUCAGGACCACGACCUUUCGUCCAAUGCGGAACCAUCCAACACGGAAGCAAAUACACUUGAGCAACCUGAUGCUAGUUCGAUUCCUUCUUCUCCAAGCAAGUCCCCUGAGAUUGAGAUCGCCGAGGUGGAGGAUUAUGACCGAGAUCCAACCCAAACAAGAUGGACAACACGAAUUGGAGCUUCUGCUAGGGCGACGGUGCCGAAACCAAUGCUGCCCCACUACAUUCAGCGUACAUUUCCCUAUGCAGGAGAUGCCCCUGGCAGCGCUCGCCGAGCGGUCCUUGAAAUAGCUAAUCGCUUUCAGCACGGCGGCGCACAAGAUGGAGAAUUAUUCUCGAAGGUCAAGAAUUGGAUGGUCGACUUUGUUGACACAUGUACGGAAAUCCCACAAAGAUUCUUCGAGGAAGACCAUGAUUUUUGGCAGUGUUUGCCAGGCCUAAUUGAAUGCUUGCUACGACGCACCAGUGGCCCGCCACCCCAGGCUCGGGUCGAAGACCUCAUCGAAUAUUUUGUCGCUUAUGCCCGGGUCACGAAGCUGAUCAUGGAGUACGAUGCCAGAAAUAUUCAAGGUUUAUCACCGGAACUCGAUGCUCGAGACUUGAAAGAUUUUAUUGUGAAGUCUAUGCCAUAUUACCAGCCGCUAAUUUGGAUGCUUCAACCCGAAGGGAUCCCCUUCUAUGAUGCUCUUCGAGGCACGAUGGGUUUUGAGAUAGCGCAGCUACUUGUGCCGGUGCUCGAUCGCAUCUGCGGCAGGGAGGUGGCUCUAGUCAGAUCGGUCUCCAACCUCAUAACUGCCGCAACUCCCUUUCUGUCCAAGAAACCAGACCUUGUCAAAUGUUUCAUCCAAUUGUUGACGGUGACAGGCUACGCGAUGAAACCUCUUGCUAGUGCUGCUGCGACUACUGAACCAAUGUUCAGACCCUCCAGCUUUACCGAGAUCGAUUACAUUCGAGUUACUAUCGCCGACGUCAUGCUCAAAGCUGACCAUGUCAUACAGCAAGCUAUUGUGAAGCAAGCACCAUGGCUGAACCUUGACAGCGCCCCAAAGAUUAUUGGUCAGCUUAUGCCCAUUGUUGGUGUCAUUGCUGUCGAGGUUCCCAAAAUUGGCCAAGAUAUUGUCGCCACUGCCGGAGUCGGCUUCGCCGAUUCCGACCUCACCGAUCUCCCAAGCACAAUGCCGCAGGCGUGGAAGUUCAAGACUCUUCGAAAGUUCAUUACCCACGGACGCAUGGAACUGCGAGUUUUUGGCGUAGAAAAUAUGUCAAAUGACCUUGUCCAAGUCUACAAGGAACGGAUCUCCAAUCAACCUCCGCCUCCCACCAGUGAUCCUCUGGUCAGAUUUCUCGUCAAAUUCAUCCAGCAAAAUCAGAUCAUCGACUACAUCAUCGGCGUUGAUUCGCAUCCACAAUUGAUACACCGCAGUCAUAAUGUUGUAGGAUUUCUAUGUGUCUCGGGCACCUACACGGAUGCCACCACAGAUGUAAUCUGGAAGACAAUUGUGGAGAGCCAAGAUCCCCGAACUGUGCACGAAGUGUUCAACCUUUUAUCUAACUGCCAUGUGUAUGACCUCCAUGCACUUUGCUACAUCUGCCGAAAGCUGGCAGACUAUCCAUUCCAACGAUUCGAUACACACGUCUUGCAAUUCACCGUUGGUCUGUUGGACAAGAUUAGAAGCUGUAACGAAGCAACCCCGCAGCAACCUACGGACCCUACAAUCCGGCACCUGCUGGUUCGCCUUUUACGAGAAGCAUGCUUAGAUGAGAAUUUGUCCCUCGAACAAGCCACGGUCAUUCGCAAAGAUUUUUCGCGUCACCUUGGCACCUCGCUAACGCUCGGUGGUAUCCUCGAUGCCAGCACAAUCACCGUCGACGAUGUGGAGCUCAGUCAUCUCAUCAAAGAGUCUACCGAGUCCCUGAGGUCUCACAAAGAAUAUUCUUCUGGUGAUGUUCUUGUCCUCACGGUCCUAGUUCCAAUGCUGAGGCAAUCACUUUCAGAGGUCAUCGCAAAAUUCGAUUUGAUCGAGCUUCUCGUAGCCGAUAUUGUUCACCUUACCAACGUAUUUCAGCAAAAGUUGCAAGAAAAUGUGUCAGUGGCAUUCUUUGAAGUUGCGUAUGACGUACGAGCAACGCUCCUUUACUCGUUAAUGCUAUUGGCCCCUACAAUGUUCUCCAAGCCAUCGAUCGAAUCUUUAUGGACCUCAUUCUUCACCGCAAAGCAGCUGCCCGUGGCAGUGCGAGCUAGGGCCUGGGAUACCUUGAUCAAUGUCAUGCGAAGAAGGCAGGUCAGCGAACAAAAUCCAGUCUUGGACUUGAUUGUCAGUGAGCAUGUACAGCGACUAGGACCACAAGACUACGAUGAGAGGGUAUUGGAAUUCUUGAAAAUCUCAGUCUCGUAUACCAUUCGACAUUCUAACUAUGCCAUGCCAGAUGCUGAGGACGUUGUGGUCAUUCCAGGCAUCGACAGAAUAUGGAGAGUCAUGCUAGAGGCUCCUCCUAACACCGUUGAGAACCAAGCUACCGAGUUUAUCAUCCAACAGUAUCUGGAUCACCAGCUCAUCACACGACGGUCGAGGGAGGCGAUCGAUGCUACGCACUCUUCUCUUGUUGAUCGUUGCGUGCAGCAAGUGAUGGCAUCCGCUGCAAAACUCAAGUCUUAUUCUGAUGGCAGUACGAGCGGCGAAGACGAACCGAUGGCAAUUAUUGCAUCUGACCAAGAGAUUCGGGCAGAAGAACUACGCUUCGACAGAUCAUUGCUAUUUCUCAGAAAAUUCUUGGAAGGAAUGAAAUCGCGCCCGCGCUACAGCCCAACUCCAAGCCAGCAGCCCCAAGGUCUACCCGAAUUUCUUCUCAAGAAAGGCGACGAGAUUGAGGUCUCGAUACAAGUCUACGGCAGUAGAUAUGUAAUCCCAGAAAAGCAGAAGGUUGCUUUCGGCUCCGAGAACACGGGAAAUGAUCUGUGGAAAUAUAUUUCUGAAGCUAGCGGCUUCACAGACUUUACAAUCUAUCACUGGGGCCAAGGGAUUGAACUUUCAGGCUGCGACAAGACUCUAGCCGAGUUAGAUGCCUCUCAGGCCCUGUUCAUGGUCCAUAAGAUAGCCAACUCCUCGGAGAAAGCGCCCACCCGUACAACACGUGCCUCGUCACCGGUGGACUAUAAGAUCAUGCACCAUUUUGACGAUCUUUACGAUCUUUUGGAUUCAGAUGAACGCCUCUCAGGAGAAGUGUAUGGUUUCUUGAGUCUAUUUCCUGCGCAGUCUGAGCUCAUUCGAGUUAUCCGGUCUAGAGAGAAGGACCCCGCUGAGCUACUCCCCCCGAAGAAGCCCUUUAAGCUCUUGUAUUGCGCCCGAGCCUUGUUGGCCUGCAUUGAAGACGAAUCUUUCAGCUCUGAACCAAAUACACUCUUCUUGACAUACAGCAUUCAGACCAUCCUGGCCGUUCUCCCGAAAUUGGAGCUAUCUGACGCCAAAAAUCCACUUCAAAUGUCCAUUGCACAUUGGCUUAUUCAGGCCCUUUUGUUAGCAUUCCGUGCGAAGGUUCCUGCAGAGACAUCGCAAGAUUACAUCCAAGAUCGUCAAGGAUUUGCCGCCCAAAUCUACCGGUUGCUGCUCUUCACAUUGGAAGGUGCUAGUACGAUCAGCAACGAGGUUGCCCCAGCAGCGAUGGUCAAGAUGAUUCUGGAGGCUUUCACUGAAGCCUGUCUGCACGACGACCGUGUCUGGGAGCAUGUGGAUGGAAGCAAAAAGUUUGAGGAAUUGCUCGCUCUAGCCUUCAUUGCUGAGCGUCGAGCCGAUGUUCGACAUUCCCUGUUAGAAGUCGUGGUGGGCCUAACGGGAGCUGCUGGAACUAAGAUACAUCUGAAAAUCAACAAUCCACGAGCAGCACGUUCGAGAUUUCCGGCAAGUGUUAUUGAGGCGUGCUUGUCACAUCUUUGGGCUGCCUUGGUCGAGACUCUACCUCACAUAUGCGAAUACCCUGAGCAAUGCGCCGAAAUCUCCGAGGCAGUCCUCGUGAUAUUGAGAAGAAUAGGCAAAUCCAUUACCAUCGGAUCAAUUCGCCAUCACUUCGUCCAGUGGAGCGCCAUGCUACUAGAGCACGACCAUCGUGAGACGGUCGGGCAACCCACCAGAGACCAUGUUGUCGGAUCCUUGACAAAACUUCUCUACGAGUGUUGCAAAUUAUUGAAAAGCAAUGAAUUGUUGCCUCCGAGCUACCUAUUGAUGGAAAAGCUUAUCGAUCGUCUGCUUCUACCACCGUUAUCAGUGGAUGGUGCUCUCAGCGAAACGCCCCCCGUGAUACCUGUGUUAGACAGCACUGUCCGUGAGGGGCUGUAUAACCUUCUUCUGGCACUCUCGCAAGGCCCACAGGACAAGGCCACGAUUCUCGCAAAACUCCAGGACGCUGCCCAUCUUGAACGAGACUUCUUCGAACCCAUCUAUGUGCACGAACGGCAGAGUCUGCGCACCGAGGUUGGUUAUGCGGGUCUUCGCAAUCUUUCAAACACAUGUUAUCUCAAUUCGCUGUUCACACAACUUUUCAUGAAUGUUCAAAUUCGGGAAUUCUUCUUGGAUACCGAUAAAUUUAGUGACCCUAAGAAAAAGCUUGUGAAAGAGCUCGCGAAAGUGUUUGCUCAUAUGCAAAAUUCGUAUGAGAAGUCCAUCGAUCCUUCCCUCGCUGUGGAAGCGAUAACGACCUAUGAGGGGGAACAAAUCGAUGUCUCCAUUCAAAUGGAUGUUGACGAAUUUUUCAAUCUUCUCUUUGACCGUCUGGAGAGCCAGAUUGAUCACAGAGCGAGAGAUUUGUUCAAAUCCAUCUACGGUGGACAGCUUGUGCAGCAGAUCAAAUCCAAAGAAUGCGAACACAUUUCUGAGCGACUGGAGCCGUUUUCAGCUGUCCAAGUCGAGAUCAAGGGAAAAGCACGACUCGAGGACAGUCUCAGAGCUUACGUGGAGGGCGAAGUUCUACAGGGAGAGAACAAGUACUCGUGCACGUCUUGUGGCCGCCAUGUCGACGCUGUCAAACGUUCAUGUCUCAAAGAUGUUCCUGACAACUUGAUAUUCAACUUGAAGCGCUUCGACUACGACAUUCUUACAGGGAUGCGGACCAAAGUGAACGAUGAAUUUCAAUUCCCAGAUGUUCUCGACAUCGCACCGUACACUCUUGCCAGCCUCAGUGAUGAAGGUGUUGAAGAACAAGACCAGUUUCAACUCACCGGCGUUAUAGUCCACUCGGGAACGGCAGAUACGGGACAUUAUUACUCCUUCAUUCGUCAGCGGCCGUCGAGCAAGCCAGUGGAGGAAUCGUGGGUUCAAUUCAAUGACACUGAUGUCACGGUGUUCGAUCCCAGCCAAAUGAGAGACAACUGCUUCGGUGGAAAUGCUGAAGCCGGUUUCUACCAUCUACCUAAGUAUUACAGCGCAUACAUGCUCUUCUACCAGAGAACGUCGAGCAUUGAAAGAUUUCAAGAGCAGUAUCGCCAGCAUGACGCUAUAAAUCCUGUUCGCCUUCCACUGCCAUACAACAUGGAACAUCAUAUUGCUCAGCAAAAUGAACUAUUUCUGCGAUCGUACUGCAUUCAAGACAGUACACAUGCACAAUUUGUACUUCGCUUAUUAGAGAGGAUGGUAUCUGGACAAAAGUGUAGCGACUAUCAUGCAAUUGAAACGGGCACACUGGAAAUGGCUUUGGACUAUGUGUAUCAAAUCUCGUCUCGCUGGAAGGAUCACCCAGGUGUUGAGGAGAGCCUCAAGCUCGCAGGACAGUGCGCCGAGAAGUGUUGUACCUGUGCAAAGGUGGUUGCUGAAUGGUUUGCGUCACCCCGUGUUCUCGAAGAUGUCAUCGCUCGAAGUCCAUAUCAGCUGGUCCGGAAAGCAUUUGCAAGUCUCUUCAACCUUGUGUACAGCCAUCUGCAUGCUCUCAAAUCCACCAUGGACGCCACCGAAGAUGAACGCGAUCAACUGGCGGCAAAUUACUCUCGCUGGCUACAAUCUGCCAUUGGUCAGCUGGCCAAAUCAUGGGACAUGGUGACUAAGAUUGGUCGCUGCUGGCCUGAGUAUUUCGGCGUUUUACUCGCCUUACAGAGACUUGGGGAUGAUGUCGUGGUGCUCUUGUUCGACGAAGAAUUUUUGGAAAAGUGCAUUGACAUCAUCUCCAUUCAUGUUAUCAACUCCGAUUUCCCAAUCAGCAAACGACUAAAGACACGGUAUUCCGCGUACCUGGCUGCCCGAGAAAAGAAUCGGCCUUUUAGCCAUGGCUUGCUUGUCCGAUUCUUGGUGAAUCUUGUGUUGAGAGCCGAUCUCCACAACAUUCCCGGUGGCGACUACCGUUUGACUAACAAGAAGAUAGGCUUGACGCCCAGUGAACUCGAAGUUCUAGGGGUUAGCAAAAUGCCUCCCAACCUAGACUGGCUGCUGCGACUUAUCGCGGGCCGCCAGAACCCCACAGCAGCCAAUGACCUGGUCAUUAGUCUUGCACAAGAUCCAGGUCUUGCCGGUGCACUUUCGGAAAUACUUCACACUGGACUCAACGACAGACUGAUUCAUAUUGCCAUUACCUUUCUCAAUCCAAUUGUCACUUUUUGCGAACAAUGUGAGUCAGAACCUCGUAUUAUCGACUUGGUACAAUCUGCCUUGGACAGCAUCGCAACGGUGGGAGUGGAAUAUGCUCGGGACUACUUCGAGUUUCUUGAAGCCAUCCUUAAAGUGGAGAAUCAAUCGCUUGAUGCAGAGGCUGGAUUCUUGGAGGAGGAAGUGUUGAAAACUUUACCUCGUUGGGCGCCCACAUUUCUCUUGUGUCCCAUUGAUGGACAGAGCCAUAUUCGGCAUGGCACAAUGGAGCUGCUCAAAAGACUGGUAUUUACUCCCCUGCAAGAACCGGAAUACGAAGAUCCUCGGUUUCAUCGCCAGCUUCGCACCCUUGUCCAAGAGUUGGCGAGAGACGCCCAGGGCUACAUACAUACUCAAUUUUUGACGUCGCGAAGUCGGGCAGGCUCAGCACUGUUCCCCGGACAAGUUCAUCAAAUCAUUGACGUGGUCGAGAAUUGCUUGGUCUAUUUUGACCUUGAGACUGCACAAGAUGAGGAGCAAGUUGCCAGUAUUCAAACCACGCUAGCAGCGCUUCGGGCGAAAGCUGAGGCGGAGGCAGAAGCCGAGACACUGAGCACAGAGUGGCAAGAGAACAGCAGCGAGAUGGCAGAAAUGAGUACGGAAGAUUUUGAAGACCUACAGAGUCCGUGAAAGCAAAGCAAAAUUUGGAUGAUGAAACUGCGUAUGGGUGUGUCGACGUAUGUAUUGGAGAGGCGUCGAAUAGAGAUUUGGGUGGUCAGGCUGGCGUUAUGAAUUUUGGGCUCAGACUGCCCGGCGUUUAUUGGAAGACGAAGAUUGGAACGAAACAGAAAAAUGCUACAAUAAUCGACGACGAAAGCAUGAUGGUUUACGACAUGAUGAGAAAGUAUUGCUGGUUUAUGUAACGAAGCUGGAGUUUUAACUGUCCCUCAAAGGUGGAAUGGACCUUUUUCUAGAAGCACAGACUUGAUACUUUUAAUUCUG